AUGCCGUUCUGGCAGCUUCCUGUCACACGAGACGAUACUAUCACUUGCUACGAUAACUCGGGUAAUCCAAAAACGCAUGGUCGAGAGCAGAGAUAUGUCAGCCCUACUACUGGGAUUUGUCGAAAGCUCAUCGUGCAAGCCGUCACUCCCUCCGGCAAGCCCGAGGUCGCUGUUAGCAGCCACGCCAAUCAGGCAAGCAAAAUCGCCAUAUGGCUGGUAGCCAAUUUCCCUCCCAUACAAGGGUGGAUCAUUUUUAAAUGGAUAGCACUAUGGUUGUGGUUUAUCGUGAAGCUCUUCUGGUCAGACACGCAGCCUGAGGUGUACAACACUGGAUACUACAAACCGUAUGCUCGUGAAUUUCAGGGUCAGCUAUGGGCAGCUCGUUCGCCUAUGGAACAUUCUUCGCGCAUUAUCGAUGAUGGCGAGAUGGAUAUCCCUACAUACACACUUUAUCCUCGACUUCUUAUGAUCCACGACCCGAUCCGAAAUGAGUGGGUCCCAUGCGCAGAUCGCUAUACCAUCAUCCAUACCAAGUUCAUUGCCAUCUCUUUCCGUGCUGUUGAUGCCUACACUCGAGGCGCAGACAAUGAGGCAGUUCAGAAGGCUCAGUUCAUACAGGAGGUUCGAGCAGCGGUGCUCGGACAGAAAUACAAUGCGUACUGGCUCGACUUGGAGUGUGUGGGAGAGACGCCAUUGGAGAAGAACCGUGAUUUGUAUUGCAUGGCGGACGUCUACCGUGUAGCAGAUGUGACUUUGAUCAUGCUCGGAAAAUCUAGGGCCGGAGAGGACGAGUGCUGGAAAGGCUGGGGACGACGAGUAUGGACUAUGCCCGAAGCCCUACUGAGCCCUCACCUUCGCUACAAGUUCAGAGAUCAGGAGGCGGUCACGCCGUUGUCAUUGUUUGAGCUAGCCAACCUGGCUUAUACAAAAUAUGAUGACGAACGAGCUAUCAUCAACGCGUACAGCGGGAAGGAUCCGCUUGAGAGGCUGGAGCGCUUGAUGCUGUUGAAAUCAGCUAUAUGGCGGCGCGGUACGGCAGCUUUAGCACCAGGUGUUGCUCCUCCCCCUUCAAAUCUCAAAAUGAUAGGAGACUCCGAGAAGUCUAUCGUCGGUGGGCCGUACCCGGCGGAGCGUGUGUAUGCACUGAUGGGCUUUUUUGAGCACCGGAUCAAGCCAAACCACUCAGAGGACGAUUUGCAUGCUCUUGUGAGGUUGUCGAUGGCCAAUGACAACGAUCGUAUCGUUGAGCGCAUGGUAUCUAUGCUGCCCUCGACCAUCACCGAAACGGCAUGUUGGUACUCUGACGAUGAUAUCUAUCACGCCAACCUUUGGGAUAUUAUACCAGAAAUCCAGGUCGCUGGUGUCACGGAGAGUGGAGCUCUUGUGAUUGAUGGGUGUCGGAUGGCAUCCAUUAGAUGGAAAGAUUUCCCGGAGAUUGCAUUCGAGUCCACAGAUUCAUUGAGGAGAAACAUUAUCGGGUUCAUUCCAUAUAUCGCAUUGCCAGCUCUCUUCACCGGGUUAAGUAUUUUUGCGACCAGCCGAAUGGGAGGCAUCACGCUCAUCGCAAUCGGAUUCGUGCUCCUUCUCAUGUCCCCUUGGAUGUUCAUUUUCAGUAAAUCUGGGCGUAUCAUCACCGCACAACCAUGGUUGAUCGGAGUAAAGGGGGCCAUCAGCAUCAAAGAGGUUGAGAAGCAUUUGUACGGUGGCGUCAGAGCACACUUCCCAGGAAUAUAUUUCACGCCGAGUGGAUCAAAGUUCUCAAGGCCAGAAGGAGGUCCUCAUCGGGGUGGUUCUCCUGCACAAUACGACGAUGCCAAACAAGCAGAUAGCCACGGUGGACCCGAUGCGGGACACAUCUACACGCUCAUCGACACGUACUCGUCGACGAUGUACUAUUUCCGUGCAGAGCGACCGCCAACUGUGUGUAUUUUCACUGGACGUGAGGGAGGGCUAGGGAGGUUUGUGCUGUGUUCGGAGAAGUGUCAUAUUAAUGAGCUGCAUAAGGAGAGUGUGUUGAGAAUGCCGACGGAGAUCAGUCAGAAAAUGAUGUUGUAUGGAUGGAUCGCGCUUGGAUGA